GUUUGCACCUUUGAAAGUGGUUCUUUAUCUGUGCGUCGUCACCAUUGCAGUUCCGCGUGCUGUUUGUCAUUUUAUAUCCAACAGUCGGUGUCGUUGGGUGGUAGUUUUUUUGUCAGAUCUGUGUAGAACAUUUAAUUUUGAGUAAAAGCUAUGUCGGAAGGUUCAACCGGUAAAGACACGGCGCCUCAGAAAGCCCCCAUGGUUUACAUUUGUGGCGAAUGUCACAACGAAAACGAAAUAAGGCCCAGAGAUCCCAUACGAUGCAGAGAAUGCGGUUACCGUAUAAUGUACAAGAAAAGAACAAAACGAUUGGUUGUUUUCGAUGCCAGAUAAUAUUCGACACUUUUUUACAAUAUUAGUUUUUGUGUUUGUGUAUGAUUCCGUAAAUAAUAAUAAACGGUGUGUGUCUGAUUAUAUUUAAUUAGCCGGGCAAAAUUCUUUCAUUAAUCCAAAAAAAAAACGGCGAAUCAAUAAAUUUUACAACUAAUCGGCAAUGGUUUUUUUAAGCGUUUAACAAAAUAAGGAACUGAAUGAACAAAAGGUGACCCAAAACAAUUUAAUUUGUUUGUCCUAUGCUAUUUAAUCCAUGUCAAGAACGCCAAAUUAAAAUUUCAUGCUUUUGGUCUAUGAAUUUUUAAGGUUCGUUCUGUGACUCUGGACAAUUGAUUUAAUUUAUCACAAAAAAAACAUUACCCAAUUAAAUAGUAAUUUACGCGUUUGCUUAGUGUGCCCUUGUUUCCUAAAAUGCGAUUGUAAAUAAUAGAAAACUGUUAAUAUAAGUUAGAAGAAAACGUGGUGUUUGUUUUAUUAGCUACUUUAAUAAAUAAACCUUCAAUUUACAAGAGUAGCCUGUUUAUAAAUUACAUCAAAUCCAUUUCGCUUCGCUUGGGAUUUGCUUGACACACUUGCAGGUGCAAAAAAAGUUCAUCGAACAGGUAUAUUACUCGACCUUCAAUUUACUUUUUGUGUGCAUUCCAUCCUCUGUUGUUCGUUCUUUUGGUAGGUGAAGAUGUUUUGUUGCGUCGGUGUAUUAGUUUCGUAUAUUAAUAAAUAAUUUAGGCGGUUCAUAUAAAACAAAAUGUCGAUUUGAACUCCGAUGAUGAUUGGCAUCCACGGUUUCGCAUGUUUUUUUAAUGAAAAAUGAUUUUUUCUUGGCAGCCUGGGACAUUUUUUUAAGGAUAAAUUUCUGUGUAAGACGUCAUUAAAAUCCUUCCACUAAUUUGU